AUGAACGCUUCUCUGUCUGAAGAUGACUUGCAUAUUAUCCUGAGAAUGCAAAAGUGGAUUACAAAACCCUAUGUUGUUGAAUCCUCUGCCUCUGAAGAAGAGGAUUAUGAGGAUGAUGGUGAACAAAAUGGAUCAACCCCACCUCUGAUGCAAACUAUUGAGCCACUGAUCCAACUUGUGAUCUCUCCAAGAUCAGCGUCUCCUUCUCCUCAACCUGAGAAUGUUCCUCCUAUGCCAACACCUAUUCAGAAUGUUACAGUUUAUCAAGGGGAAUCCAACUCUAAUUUUGAAACAACUACGCUUUCUCAACUUUCUCUACAUGUGAAUAUAACUCGGUCCUUGGGAGAAAGGGUGACUAUAGUGGAAAAGGAUGUUACUGAUAUGAAGCGAUUUAUGGUCUUGGGUGAUGAUGAUGAUGAUAUGAUUAUUGAUGACACCCCACCAAACUCUUUAGAAACUAAUGACUAUGAAGGGUUUCUUGAGAUAGGAUUCAUGCCACAAGCUGAUGUUUCUGUUGUUCCUCUGAAUGUUGUCUACCCUGAAUCGUAUUUUGAGGGGGAGAUUCCUCAUGGAACUAAUAGUGACAUUGGGUAUGAUAAUGAUCAACUCAAUCCUCGAAAAAGGAAGGCUUCCUUAUCAGGGGAGCCCAUGACGCUGAAGCUGAAAGCUCUUCUACUACUGGGAGUAAGAGAAAUCACGAUAGAGAAUAAUGCAACUAUUCGAGAAAGAAAAGAAGUCGGAAAAGGAGAACGUCUAUUUGCCAAACUUGCUCAAGCUCUUGCUUCUGCUGAUGUUCAAAGCAUUAAUAAUCAAGUCAAGAAAAUUCAGAUCUUCAAUAAUGGUAUGGGCAAAAAAAAUAGGGUUUUAGAGCUGAAUGACAGGAUCAACAGAAAGAAGUUUGGAGAUGUUCUGACUCGUAGAACAAAUCCUGAUCCCAUCAUUAGGGUGAGAUACACCAAACCAAGGAACAAGUAUCUAAAGCUUCACUUGGUCAGGAAGAAUACUGAGUAUGAAUAUACUGAGGUUGUAUUUGCUCGUGAGCUAGUCAAAUUUGGCUACAACGAUUGGAUACAAAUUCAAGAAAUUAUCAAUAAACACAAAGGUAGUCAUGCUCAAGAAGUGACGUUAGCAAUUCAGCAGCUGCUCAAUAAAGUCAAGAAGCUUAAUCGUGUGCCAUCACUUGGUCCUUCUAGACCAUCUACCCCAGGAAGACCAUGUGCUCCUAGACAAUCCAAUAAUACUAAGUUUCUUCUUCUAUAUGGAACCCGCUACAUCAACAAUAAACUGCCAACGGGUGUUGAACCAAUUCAAUACAUGUUUAUUCGAGAACUAGAACAUAGCAUUUUCUAUCUUGACGGUCAAAAUUACAUGUGCUUUCAAUACACUGAUGAACUUCCCGCUGCUCCCACUAAACACUUAUUUCAUCUUCGCAUGGAAGGACUUAGUCAUUUUGAGCAUGAAAGAGAACAUUGUGUAUUGAUCUCCCUGGAGAUUAGUAAAAGAUUGGAAGAACUUAAAAAUGAUGAUUUCGAAUGGGUUAAACAUGAGAUCUUAAAAAAACCGAUAAGUUCUACAAAGGUUUUGAUGACUCUGAAGAAGAAUAUUAGUUUUGACAUCAUCAGAUAA